AUGUCCGGCCCAAACCUCCACAUUGCUCUCCUUCGUCCCCCCAUUAUUCAGAUUCUCCGCGCCCAAGGGUUCCAUUCUACAAAACCAUCUGUUCUUGAAUCGCUAGCAGAUCUUACGGCACGAUAUAUUAUGAUUCUCGCGAAAGCAACCGCCACACAUGCACACAACGCCCACCCUGACGAGCCAAGCCCAGGCCUUGAAGAUGUUUACCAAGCGCUCCAGGAUGCUGGUGCCAUACGACCACAAUUGCGAGAAUGGGAGGAAGAUUGGGCAGGUGAUGAGGAUUUGCGUGGCUUAGAGUCCUUGAUUGAAUGGAUAAAGGGACCAGCUCACCAUGAAAUUCUGCGUAUUGCUGGACGUGUCCCCAGCGAAGGCGACAUGGUGGAUCCCGACGCGAUCGAGAAGGAGGACUUUCUGACAGCACUGAAAAAGAAACACAGUAAGACUGGUGAAGAAUCUCGAUAUGCCGGUACUGUGCUUGGAAAGAGCGCUGAAGAGCAUCCCCUCAUUAUUGAUGGUGGAGCUCCAAGCAUUCGCGAUUGGGGACACCAGGUUCGCUCGCGUGCGCCGACUAGCCCGAAUAGCGACUCUUCUGGGGUAAGCAGUGCGCCAAGCCAACUUUCAGAAGAUCCGAUGGAGGUGUGA